UGUGUUUCCUCCGUGUCCCCCUGCAGGUUCGUGGUGGGCUCCAACAGGGUGAUCUUCAUGCUGCGGGACGGCAGCUACGCCUGGGAGGUUAAAGACUUCCUGAUCUCCCAGGAGCGCUGCGCGGACGUCACCGUGGAGGGACAAGUGUUCCCCGGGAAGGCCGGCAAAAAGGACGACAGCAAAGACAAGCAGCCCAAUGAAGUCAACACUAAGAAGAAGGGCAAGAAGAAGUCUGAGAGCAAGAAGCCCGACCUGGAGGGAAACAGCGCCGGCCAUCUGAAACAGGAGCUGUGAUGGAACGGCACGCAGAGUGAGGACUCACAGGGUCUUCUGUCCCGUGGUGAUGGGCUGCAGGAGCAUGUGACGAUGCCUUUUCCGGGUCCUCGGACAAGAACAUUUUGGAAAUCAUUUUUCUGCCACAGAGUGAAAUGCUCUUUAAAAUCAGUGCUGUCUGGUUCCUUUAGUUACUUGUUGUUGUCCUAAUAUCGUCAGAUGAAAUCAAUUACUUUUUAUGUUGUUUUGAAAGGUACUCGUGGCAACAAUUAUAAACCUUUUUCAUUUCUUUCUGUGACAAAAGCCAUGUUGAGUGAAUGAAGUGUCUCCUGUAGACACAUUCUAGUUAUUGAUCAGACCUGCAGCUCUUGGUGUGUGUUGUGUUUGUUCACAUCCAGCAGCAUUUCAAUAUUUCACACACAAGUAGCACCUGCAUUUCUGUUUGAUUUUUCACAGAAUAUGAGAAUAAAACAUUUUUUUAUACAAUCACA